AUGUCAGCUCCAAAAAUAAGAUUCUAUGGAUCGCUUUUGCAUGAUCGUGUUGUCGGAACCCCUACUACCUAUCUCCUACGUCAUCACAGUGAUGUCAUCUUCACGUCUCUUAUCUUGACACUUGUCUCUGUAAGCAACUUCGCUGCAUCCUCCAAGAAGUAUGCUUUGGUAAAAGGCCAAAGUCUCUUGCUCCCUGCAACAUUUCACCACACCACCAUGGAAUACUGUUUUGGAAACCCUAAUCCUAACCCUAUUUACAGUCACUCUCCUGUGGUCGACAUGGCAGCAUCUCCCUCCUCUGAAUUCAUCUCAGCUGAUUAUUAUCUCAUGCUGGAAGAUGUUGUUGAUUAUCAUCAAGAGUGCUGGUCGCAAAGCACCGAAACUGAAUCAUCGGGGAAAGCAACCUCCAGCGAUGCCAGUCAUGGAUUUGGUGAUGCAACCUCCUCCACCACCACCAACAACAUGCAAUGUGAAGAUAAUGGGAUUAAGGGAAAGAUAGCAGAAGUGAGGCAAAGGGUCACGUUUAGAACCCGAUCGCAGCUUGAGAUUAUGGAUGAUGGAUAUAAAUGGAGGAAAUACGGAAAGAAGACAGUGAAGAACAGUCCCCACCCAAGGAACUACUACAAGUGUUCAGGUGAAGGAUGCAAUGUGAAGAAACAGGUGGAAAGGGACAGAAAUGACUCCUUCUAUGUUCUGACAACUUACGAAGGUGUCCACAAUCAUCACACCCCAUCUUCCUAUUACACCCAAAUGCCUUUCCUCCAUUCUAACCAUUGCAACCUUCACUCUUCUGCACCUCCAAACUCAUCCUAG